AUGCUCGAAGACGCUUCGCCUGCUGGCAUCCGGGUGAACACGAUUGUUCUUGCGUUUACCCUCGUUGCCGGAACCGUUGUCUUUCUGCGAUUAUUCACAAGGCUGGUAAUCACAAGGGGAGCUGGCUUUGAAGAUGUCUGCAUUGCUGCUGCUAUGGUGCUGUCCAUUGCCUUGGCUGUGGUUACUUCAGAGCAGGUCAUGCACGGUCUUGGAAAGCACACCAAUGAACUCCAUGCUGAAGAUGUCACGAUGACAUUGAAGAUGUUCUGGGCUAGUCUCUGGAUCUACAACCUUGCACUUACUACCAUCAAGGUAGCCAUCCUUAUCCAGUACAUACGAAUCUUUCCCAUACGCCACUUUCGUUGCGCAUGCUAUGCUGUGCUGUGCAUGGUCAUUGCAUGUGCCGCCUGGGGUAUCUUUGGUAAUGUCUUUUUAUGCUAUCCUGUCAACUUCUUCUGGGACAAGUCCGUACAGAAUGGGCGCUGCAUGAGCGAUUACAUCAUUUGGUUCACAACGGCGGGCUUGAACAUCGGGCAAGAUGUGGUCAUUUUGUUCCUCCCCAUCCGCGUCAUCAGGAGACUCCAGAUCAGCAGAAGACAGAAGAAGGGCCUAAUCACCAUGUUCGCACUAGGAGCCAGCGUCAUCGUAGUCUCAACAGUUCGGCUGUACUCACUAGACAACCUCGCGGACUCGAACGACCAGACAUUCGACAACUCGGACCAAGCCACACUUUCUGGCGUCGAAGUCAACGUAGGUAUCAUCUGCGCCUGCCUCCCAGCCAUGCGUCCUCUAUUUGCCGUAAUGAUGCCCAAAUACUUCUCCUCCGCAACCGCCUAC